CUUUUGGUAUCCCACCUAACAAAUUCCAAACAAAUCAAAUCUGAUGUUGUAGAAUCGUAACUAUUAAUAGCAAUCCUAAUCCUAAUUAAAUUCUUACCCCCUAAAUUCCUUCAACUUUCCUAGUACCGAUACAAUAUGGCCAAAGUCUCACAGACCAAACAGAUUACGAAUUAGAGAUUCUCCGUCGCAGUAUAAAAGAGGAGAUUUUAGUUUUACCCUCUCCAAGCCCUAAACAGAACCAGAGAGAAAAAAAAACAGAGUGUUGAUUCCUCCCUAGCCCUUCCACCCUCCCACGCCGGAUUUUGAAGAAAAAACAAACAAACCCUUUUCGAAAGGUUUGAUUUUUCGCGAUCCCACCACAUCCAAAGUUCCUGACAAUGACCGUCCCUGCAGAAGAUGCCACAUUCGUCGAUGACGACGGCCGUCCCAGGCGCACUGGUAAGAGCUCAAGACUCUCUGUAAAAUUCCCUUCCGUUCUCUGUUUCUCUGUCUCCGCGAUUACUUUGGGCUUAUUCUUCUUUUUCCCUGAAUUGCAUGUGGUUUGCAGGCGGCGUGUGGACGACGAGCGCUCACAUAAUCACAGCAGUGAUUGGGUCCGGAGUGCUUUCAUUGGCUUGGGCAGUGGCUCAGCUCGGUUGGAUCGCCGGCCCGAUUACGAUGCUCUGUUUCGCUCUCGUGACGUACUGCACUUCGACUCUGCUUUCUUACUGCUACAGGUCAGGGGAUCCUGUUUUAGGCACCAGGAGUUACUCUUACAUGGACGCCGUCGGUUCCAGCCUCGGGAAGUUCCAUCAUAAGCUGUGUGGGUGUGUCCAGCAAUUCAAUCUCUUCGGAUCGGCAGUUGGCUACACAAUAGCAUCGGGUGUAAACAUGCUGGCGAUCAGGCAGACCAAUUGCGUUCACAGAAGCGGCGGCGUCUCCUCCGGCGCUUGUAGCACGAAUGCAAGCCCUUACAUAAUUGCAUUCGGCGUUGCGCAGUUGAUCCUGUCUCAGAUCAAGAAUUUUGGUCAGCUGUGGUGGCUGUCGUCUGUGGCUGCAGCCAUGUCCUUCACUUACUCCUUCAUCGGGCUAGGGCUCGAAAUCGCGAAAUUCGCAUCGACGGGGAGGAUCAAGGGAACCAUAACUGGAGUCAGCAUUGGCCCAACCGUCACUCCAGUGCAGAAGGUCUGGAGGGUCUUCCAGGCGCUGGGGAACAUCGCUUUCGCCUAUUCCUACAACAUGAUCCUAAUCGAAAUUCAGGACACAGUGAAAUCGCCACCAUCAGAACUCGAAACAAUGAAGGUCGCGAAUCGAUUCAGCGUGGCAGUGACGACCCUCUUCUACAUGCUAUGCGGCUGCUUCGGGUACGCAGCGUUCGGGGACUCGUCCCCGGGCAACCUGCUGACAUCGACGGGGCUAAAGCCUUACUGGCUACUCGACAUCGCGAACGUCGCGGUCGUCCUUCACCUGUUGGGCGCGUACCAAGUCUACAGCCAGCCGCUCUUCGCAUUCGUCGAAGAGAAAGCCGCCAAGUGGUUCCCGGACAGCCGGUUCGUGAACAAGGAGACCAAAAUCCGGCUUCCGGGAAGCAGCAAGGAUGGCAACUACUACUACAAUUUCAACAUGUUUAGGCUGGUCUGGAGGACGGUUUUCGUCGUGGUGUCGACGGUGAUUUCGGUGCUUGUUCCGUUCUUCAACGACGUGGUCGGGCUGCUGGGGGCGAUCGGGUUCUGGCCGCUGACGGUUUAUUUCCCCGUGGAGAUGUACAUUGCGGAGAGGAAGCUGGCGAGGUGGAGCCGGACGUGGGUGUUGCUCAAGUUGUUGAGCUUUGGUUGUUUCGUGGUCACUCUGGUUGCGGCGGCUGGGUCCGUUGCUGGAAUCAUUGAUGAUCUUAAAGCUUCGAAAGGUUCGUAGAUAGAUGAGGGUGGUGACGAUGGAAUAAAUGGGAUAUUGGAGUUUUAGUUUAGGUGUAAGUUGUUUGACAGUGUUUGUUUGGAACAUAGUUUAGUUCUCUGCUCGAAUGUGUAAAAUAUGUUCUUUCUGGAUGUG